GAAAAAGAUGGAAGCUGAGGAGAAGAGUGCUCAUCCAAAAGAAAAAUUCAAAACAUGUGCCUGGAGAUUCAACAGAGAGUGGCGAGAUGUCCUUCUCAGAAGAUUCAACACGACAUCCAACCGAAGGCUUCAACUCUUCUGAGUUUGAAAAUGUCACGCCGAAUCAGCCCCAUCAAUGAUGCCAUUCAUCAUGUUGUGUCACAUACUGACAAAACGUCUAAAUUGGAUGUGAAAUACAUUAAUGCAACUAAAGGACGUGGUAUAUUUGCAAAAGGCCCAAUCUGCAAAGGAGACUUUGUUGUCGAGUAUAGGGGAGAUAUGAUAAGCGAUGCAGAAGCUCAAAGAAGAAGAAAACUUUACAAUCCAGUGUGUGCUGCAUUUAUGUUUGCUUUCAACUGGAGAGGAAAAACAUGGUGUAUUGAUGCCUCUACAGAGGACGAGUCGUUUGGCCGGCUGGUCAACGACGAUCACCAAAGCCCAAAUUGUCAGAUGAAAAGAAUCGAUGUGGAUGGCAAACCACAUCUGUGUUUGUUUGCCAUAAAAGACAUUGAUGAAGGGGAAGAAAUUCUGUACAACUAUGGGGGUGAUGACUGCCCAUGGAGAGCACAGGAUGCCAAUGAUACAAAUGUGGAUUUAAAGGCUUCACUGGGCAAACACAACAUCAAAAAUAAAAAAAAAAAGACCACCAGAACUGCAAAAAGGACCACGACAGUGAAGAACUCUCACCCUUCUGUCUUGUCAAAGAAUCCAUUGGAUGAUGCAACUGGCCAACAGAACAACUGUCGACAGAUAACCAGUGUUGAAGUAAAUACAAUGAUGGUGGAGCAUUCUCCUUUACUGGUGUCCAGCUGUCAGAUGGAUGAUGCUAAUGGUCCAGAGAGUAGCCUUGAACAGAUAACUAGUGUUGCAGUAAACUCAAUGAUGGUCGAGGACUCCCAUCCUUUGCUACUGUCUAAAGGUCAGAUGGAUGAUGUUACUGGUUCACAGAGUAGCCUUGAACAGAUAACUAGUGUUGCAGUAAAUUCAAUGACGGUCGAGGACUCCCAUCCAUUACUACUGUCCAAAGGUCAGACGGAUGAUGCUACUAGUUCAGAGAGUAGCCUUGAACAGAUAACUAGUGUUGCAGUAAAUUCAGUGAUGGUCGAGGGCUCUCAUCCUUUACUGCUAUCCAAAGGUCAGACGGAUGAUGCUACUAGUUCAGAGAGUAGCCUUGAACAGAAAACUAGUGUUGCAGUAAAUUCAGUGAUGGUCGAGGGCUCUCAUCCUUUACUGAUAUCUAAAGGUCAGACGGAUGAUGCUACUAGUUCACAGAGUAGCCUUGAACAGAUAACUAGUGUUGCAGUAAAUUCAGUGAUGGUCGAGGGCUCUCAUCCUUUACUGCUAUCCAAAGGUCAGACGGAUGAUGCUACUAGUUCACAGAGUAGCCUUGAACAGAUAACUAGUGUUGCAGUAAAUUCAGUGAUGGUCGAGGGCUCUCAUCCUUUACUAAUAUCUAAAGGUCAGACGGAUGAUGCUACUAGUUCAGAGAGUAGCCUUGAACAGAUUUUUACAGAGCCUGAAUAUGUACAAUAACGUGAUCUCAGUGAGGUGAUUAUUCCCUUGCCCAUGGCUCACCAAUUGACAUUGGAGCAGUAUUGCAAAAAAAUGUUUUAUGGCCCGUCACACUGCUCCUAUAUGUAGUACAAUUUACAGCAUCCAUGGACACCACAUCAGUGAAUAACCAUUAGCAGGUGAGGCUUCGCCUCCGAUUGAGAGGAAUGAGUCAACAUCACCAAAGAGACGCAAACCAGUGUCAGAUCAUGAGAUAACUUCAAGUGCCAGCACUGUGAGGCCUUCCUCCAAGGGUAAAGAAGCAUAUCAAGGCAGAGCUACCCAGAAGAAAAUGCCCUGGCAGCAGAAAGAGGUACAGGCGGUAGAAAGGCAUAUGAAGCGCUUCAUCACAUCUUGCAUUGUACCAGCAAAGAGCGACUGUAUGAAGUGUUUGAAUGCUGAGCCAGAAGCUCUUAAGAACCGAGAGUGGCAACACGUGAAAUUCUACAUUUACAACCGCAUUACAUCCUACAAAAGGAAAAUACAAUGCAAAUAGUGUGAAGAUUACCAACUUUAUGGUAUGGCAGUUUUUGUUCACUUUCAUAUGCCUCUGCAAAAUUCACAUUGAAGGAUGUCUUUGUAUUUCAUAAAGGGAAUGCCCUUUUUGUUUACAUGUUAACUGAGUUAUUUGUUUACACUAGUGUCAGUAAAGACACACUGAAUAUUGUUUACAUUUUUCAUAAGUGACUUUCCUUUUUUAAACUCAGGUAGCUAAACAUUCAGAAGAUUGAUGUUACUUCAACUUCAAUUGUUCAUGUUUGUAAAGGGGCGGCACGGUGGUGUAGUGGUUAGCGCUGUCGCCUCACAGCAAGAAGGUCCUGGGUUCGAGCCCCGGGGCCGGCAAGGGCCUUUCUGUGUGGAGUUUGCAUGUUCUCCCCGUGUCCGCGUGGGUUUCCUCCGGGUGCUCCGGUUUCCCCCACAGUCCAAAGACAUGCAGGUUAGGUUGACUGGUGACUCUAAAUUGACCAUAGGUUUGAAUGUGAGUGUGAAUGGUUGUCUGUGUCUAUGUGUCAGCCCUGUGAUGACCUGGCGACUUGUCCAGGGUGUACCCCGCCUUUCGCCCGUAGUCAGCUGGGAUAGGCUCCAGCUUGCCUGCGACCCUGUAGAAGGAUAAAGCGGCUAGAGAUAAUGAGAUGAGAUGUUUGUAAAGUUAAACACAUUAAAAGUUGACAUGAGCAAUACAAAUUUGACUUUAAUGCAUUUGAUAGUACUGUGUUAUGUGUAUUGUGACUGCAAUUAGUGUGCCUAAAUCAUAUUAUUUUGGAAAACUGUCACGGAACAAACAGGAGAGGAGAUCAAUUGCGCUCAAACCACAGUUUAUUAAUAACAGGGGAAAAGGGAGUUGGGAGAAUGUGUGUGGGUGAAGUCCAGUGGCAGGAGAACUGAGAGGCAGGAGGUGAUGUCUGAGGUCUCCCAUCCAAGUACUGACUGGGCCCAACCCUGCUUAGCAGCUGAGAUCUGGCGUAGUCAGAGAGCUGUGGCUGUAGGCUGACAGUGCUUGGGUUUCAGGCAGUCUCCCAGCGAGCAGUCCCUCAGUAGGCAAGAGUUAGUGAGCCAACUGGAACACAGUCACAAAUCAGGUAGCAAGAUAGGGGACAGAAAUGCAGGGUCAGGUUACCAGGGUUGAAGAGUAAGGCUCCAGGCAGGGUAGCUCACACCAGGCAGAUGGAGAGGCAGGCUAGCAGCAGGGCUGAGCGAGCUGGAGAUCAGGCGAAGGUACAAGAGGGGCAGGCAAGAGGCAGAGUCAACGGGACAGAAGGCAGGUCAGGUUACCAGGGCUGGAGAGCAGACAGAGUCAAACUGGAACAGAACAAUAUCAGGAGUCAGAGUAGUAGGAACACAGCAGGUAUCAGGCUGAGAGUUGCAGACGAUCUGACACAGAAGCUUGGGAGGACUGCAGCUUAAAUACACACGGGGGGAAACAGGUGAUCGGUAACAGCCAAUGGGAGUUAAUAAGAGGAAGUGAGGGCGGGCGUGGCCGGUAAUGCUGAGUGGAGAUGUUACCUGAAGAGAGAAGCCCACAGGUAGGACCAUGACAGAACCCCCCCCUCAAGGGACAGCCCCAGAAGUCCCUAGCCACAGAUCACCAAAGACAGGCGGGAGGAGGGGGAAUACCGGUGGAGGGUUAGAACUCCUCAGACCAGUCACUGUCCAUAGCCUCUGCACCCUCUUCACCGUCAGAAGAAUCGUCAUCCAAGGACCCCUGCCCAGGAUUUGGUUCGGUGUCAGGUGCAGGGUCCGGAAGUGGAUCCGCACGGUGAGAACCCCUACGUCGGCCCCGUCAGAUGGAGGGCUGGUCGGGGUGUAGCCGAUGGAAGUCGGCGAUGAGGGCCGGAUCCAGAAUCCUUCCAGCAGGAAUCCACAUCCUCUCCUCAGGACCAUAACCCUUCCAAUCCACCAGGUAUUGGAGGCCCCUGCGUCAUGACUUAAGCAGUCGCCGGACGGAGUAGACCGGGCCACCGUCGAUGAGACGAGGAGGAGGUGCAGCUGGGACCAGUGGGCUCUCGUGCACUGGCUUGAUCUUAGAGACAUGGAAGGUGGGGUGCACUCAUGGAUUUGGGCAUUCGAAGCCAGACAGCAGACUGGCUGAUUAUCCUCUGGAUAGGAAAAGGUCCGAUGACCUGGGGUGCUAGUUUGCGAGACUCCACCUGGAGGGGCAGGUCCUUGGUAGAUAGCCACACCUUCUGGCCCACCCGGUAGGUGGGCGCAGGCAUCCUCCACCGGUUGGUGCCAGUAGAGUAGCUGGUGACUGACCUGAGGAGUGCAGCGCGGGCUUGAGACCAGGUGCGGCGGCAUCGGCGUGCAUAGGUGAGGGCAGCCAGGCAGGUGACUUUUCCCUCCUGGCUGGGGAACAGGGGUGGUUGGUAGCCAUACAUGCAGUGGAAUGGGGACAGCCCGGUGGCUGAGCUGGUGAGGGAGUUGUGGGAGUAUUCCACCCACAGCAGGUGCUCGCUCCAGGCCCGAGGGUUGUGUGACACCAUGCACUGAAGUGCCUUCUCCAACUCCUGGUUAGUCCUUUCUGACGGGCUGUUGGACCGGGGUCGGAAUCCGGAGGUGAGGCUGGCGGUGGCCCCGAGUAGGUGACAGAACUCCUUCCAAAAAGAGGAGGUGAAUUGCGGCCCCCAGUCCAAGACGAUGUCCUUGGGCAGCCCAUGGAUGCGGAAGACAUGUUGCAAGACGAUCUGGGCAGUCUCCUUGGCUGACUGUAGUUUAGGGAGGGGAACAAAGUGUGCCAUCUUGCUAAAGCGGUCCACAAUGGUGAGUAUGACCGUCAUCCCGUUAGAAGGGGGUAGACCUGUAACAAAAUCCAGGGAGAUGUGGGACCAGGGUCGCAUAGGCACGGGCAGAGGCUGGAGCAAACCGGCAGGAGGUCGGCUGGAGGACUUAUUUUGGUUACAGGUAGGGCAGGCUCGGACGAAGUCUCGCACAUCCCUGCUCAUAGUAGGCCACCAGAACCGUUGGGCGAGCAGGUGGUAGGUGCGAGUAGAACCAGGGUGGCAGGCUAGAUGGGAGUCGUGUCCACUGUAUAACCUGGGAUCGCAGGUCCUCAGGAACGAAGAGGCGACUUGUGGGGCAUGCACUGGGGCUGGGUUGGUCACGGAGGGCUUCCCGCACUCGUUCUUCGAUGUCCCAGGUCAGUGCAGCAACGAUACAGGGGUCAGGUAGGAUGGGAGCCGGGUCCUUGGAGGGGGCAUCACCCUUCUGGAACUGGCAGGAGAGUGCGUCAGGCUUGGUGUUGCGAGAUCCGGGCCAGUACGAGAGGGUGAAGUUGAAUCGGGUGAAAAAGAGAGCCCAACGGGCCUGUCUGGGGUUGAGUCAUUUGGCGGUGCGGAUGUAUUCUAGAUUCUUAUGGUCUGUCCAGACCAGGAAUGGGACUACGCACCCCUCCAGCCAGUGGCGCCAUUCCUCCAGGGCGAGCUUGACCGCCAGCAGGUCCCGAUUGCCGACGUCGUAAUUGCGUUCGGCCGGCGACAGAAGAACGCACAGGGGUGGAGCUUGUUGUCAUCCGCAGCCCUCUGUGAGAGCACAGCCCCGACUCCCACAUCCGAGGCAUCCACCUCGACGAUGAAUUGUCGCUCCUCGUCAGGCAGCCGGAGGACAGGAGCAGUGGUGAACCGAGCCUUGAGGGUGGCAAAGGCUUUGUUGACGGCUAGAGUCCAGGUGAAAGGCUGUUUGGUGCUGGUCAAGGAGGUGAGGGGUGACGCAAUGGUGCUGUAAUUACGAAUGAAUUUUCUGUAGAAAUUUGCGAAGCCCAGGAACUGCUGAAGCUGCUUCCUGCUCUCUGGUACUAGCAGUCCCUCAGUAGGCAAGAGUUAGAGAGCCAACUGGAACACAGUCACAAAUCAGGUAGCAAGAUAGGGGACAGAAAUGCAGGGUCAGGUUAUCAGGGUUGAAGAUUAAGGCUCCAGGCAGGGUAGCUCACACCAGGCAGAUGGAGAGGCAGGCUAGCAGCAGGGCUGAGCGAGCUGGAGAUCAGGCGAAGGUACAAGAGGGGCAGGCAAGAGGCAGAGUCAACGGGACAGAAGGCAGGUCAGGUUACCGGGGCUGGAGAGCAGACAGAGUCAAACUGGAACAGACCAAUAUCAGGAGUCAGAGUAGUAGGAACACAGCAGGUAUCAGGCUGAGAGCUGCAGAUGAUCUGACACAGAAGCUUGGGAGGACUGCAGCUUAAAUACACACGGGGGGAAACAGGUGAUCGGUAACAGCCAAUGACAGCCACUGGGAGUUAAUAAGAGGAAGUGAGAGCGGGCGUGGCCGGUAAUGCUGAGUGGAGAUGUUACCUGAAGAGAGAAGCCCACAGGUAGGACCAUGACAGAAAACACAUGAUGAGUAGAUGUAAUUUCAUGUAUUGUAAGUCAAAUUCUACCUUUCUGUGUGCAAAUUAUUUUGACCCAAUUGUGUCAGGAGUCCAGCUCAGACUGAUUAUUGGGGUUUAACUUAGUGAUAGAUACACUUAGGUAGCAUAAAUCAUAUAUUUCUGGAAUGCUCAUCAUCAGUAGAUGUGAGUUAAUGCAUCAUGAGUCAUGCUACGCCUUUCUGUGUGCAAAUUAUCUUGAUUCAACUGUGGCGGAUAUUCAUUGUAACUAAGGGAUACAUACAUCUAGGUAGCAUAAACCAUAUAUUUCUGGAAUACUCAUGAUGAUGAGAUGUGAGUUAAUGUAUCAUAAAUUACACUCCAGCAUUCUAUCUGGCAAAUACCUCCAUUCACCUAUGUUGGGUGUUUGUUGGAAAUUGUCAAGCACAGCUCAGAGUCAGUGUUUAUUAGGCUGUACUUUUGGGAUGGAUGCACUAAGGUGACCUAAAUCAUAUAUUUUUGGAAAGCGUAAAAUGAGGAGAUGUGAUUUAAUGUAUCAUAAGUCAUGCUACACCUUUCUGUGUGCAAAUUUUCUUGAUUCAACUGUGACGGGCAUUCAUUGCAGACUCACAAGCCCAGCUCAGUCAGUGAUUAUUGGGGUUUAACUUGGUGACAGAUACACUUAGACAGCAUAAAUCAUAUAUUUCUGGAAUUCCCAUCAUCAGUAGAUGUGAGUUAAUGUAUCAUAAGUCAUACUCCACCUUUCUGUCUGGCAAAUACCUCCAUUCACCUAUGUUGGGUGUUUGUUGAAAAUUGUCAAGCACAGCUCAUAGUCAGUGUUUAUUAGGCUGUACUUUUGGGGUGGAUGCACUAAGGUAGCCUAAAUCAUACAUUUUUGAAAAGCUCAUAAUGAGGAGAUGUGAUUUAAUGUAUUGUAAGUUAUGCUACACCUUUCUGCGUGCAAAUUGUCUUGAUUCAGUUGUGUUGCGUGCCAUUGCAGACUCUCAGACGCUGGUCAGAGUUAUUUGUUAUUUGGUUGUAACUCAGGGAUAGAUAUAUUUAGGUAGCCUAAUUGAUGUAUUUUUGUAAAGCUCAUGAGUAGAUGUGAUUUAAUGCAUCCUAAGUCAUAAUACACCUUUCUGCAUGCAAAGUAACUUAAUUCUCUUUUAACAAACAUGGAUGAUGAAAAUUUGAAGACAAAAAUGGCAUCAUAGCAGUAACUGUUUCAGUUACAGUUCUUGUUGGCUAAUGCAGAGUGGCUGAUCAUGAUUAAAAACAUGAAAAAGAGUGGGUUUUUUUAAUGGUGUUAAAAUAAAGAAUGAACAGCUCCAAGAGUGGAAAGUUUCAAAGUUGUGGACUUUCACUUUAGAUGAUAUCCAGUCAAUAAUUAACAAACCAUUUACUGUUUUAUCUAUGUACACUUCAAUACUAAGAAAGAAAGUAAGAAUUAAACAUAAUUUCAUCUAUAUUGUUCUAGGACUGUAUGCACAGCACUAGGUCCCCACUAAUCACAAUCACAUCAGUGUGAAUUAUGGAAAUUAUAUGUUAAUGAGGAAUUAAACAUAAUUUCUUCGAUAUUGUUAAAGGACUGUAUGCACAGCACUAGGUCCCCACUAAUCACAAUCACAUCAAUGUGAAUUAUGGAAAUUAUAUGUUAAUGAGGUCCCCAUGAGUCACGUUUAUCCGUCAUUUCACAGGUCCCCAUUGAACACAUUAGAAACAUUACUUCAUCAAUUCAAAUAUUUAAAGUUGUGUAUAAGCUAACAAAGCUUUGGAUAGUCUACCUGAUUUUUUUCGGACCUCCAGGACCUUUAGAAAUGGUGGUCCCCGCAAAUGAUGUUCAAAAAGUCAGUCCCCGUAAAACAUAUUAACCAGUAUGUGUGUGUGUGUGUGUGUGUGUGUGUGUGUGUGUGUGUGUGUAUUGCUAUGAUUAAGAAGAAAAAAGAAAG